AUGGGGGAUACAAGAGACAUCUGUCCUCACCUGGAUUCCAUAGGAGAGGUGACCAGGGAUGAUCUGCUGCUCAAAUCCAAGGGAACUUGCCAGUCUUGUGGAGCUGUGGGACCAAAUCUCUGGGCUUGUCUUCAGAUUGGUUGUCCUUAUGUUGGUUGUGGGGAGUCCUUUGCUGACCACAGCACACUUCAUGCACAGGCCAAAAAGCACAACCUGACAGUGAAUCUGACCACUUUCCGUGUCUGGUGUUACGCUUGUGAAAAGGAGGUGUUCUUGGACCAGCGGCUGGCAACGCACUCGCAGUCACCACCAGUAAAGUUCACUGAGACGGAUUCUCCAUUGCCUGCUCACCCUUUGAAAGCUGUUCCAAUUGCAGUGGCUGAUGAAGGCGAAUCUGAAUCAGAGGAUGAUGAUUUGAAACCAAGAGGCCUUACUGGAAUGAAAAAUCUUGGGAACUCCUGCUACAUGAAUGCAGCACUUCAGGCUCUCUCUAACUGCCCACCUCUCACACAGUUUUUUCUGGAAUGUGGUGGACUGGUCCGUACAGAUAAGAAACCAGCCCUGUGCAAAAGUUACCAGAAGUUGGUGUCUGAGGUUUGGCAUAAGAAACGCCCAAGUUAUGUUGUUCCAAGCAGUCUAUCCCAUGGAAUUAAACUCGUCAACCCCAUGUUCCGAGGCUAUGCACAGCAGGACACUCAGGAGUUCCUGCGGUGCCUGAUGGAUCAGCUUCACGAAGAACUGAAGGAACCAGUUGUUGCAGAGACGAGGGAUUUGGAUACCAGUGACCAGGACGACAAGCGAGAAGGUGACCGAAGUCCUUCGGAGGAUGAGUUUCUCUCCUGUGACUCAAGCAGUGACAGGGGUGAAGGAGAUGGUCAAAGUCGGACCACAGGGAGCAUGGGCAGCAGCUCCCUGGCAGAGACAGAGUUGUUGAUCCAGGAUGAAGCAGGGAGAGGGAUCUCUGAGAAAGAGCGGAUGAAGGACAGAAAGUUCUCCUGCGGCCAUCGGCGCAGCAACUCGGAGCAGGUGGAUGAGGAUGCAGAUGUUGAUACUACUAUGAUGCCAGUUGAUGGUAGAGCCUCACCUGAGAUGCUGCCAGCUCCCCGUCCUGCCAGCCCAUGUAGGACACCAGAACCUGACAAUGAUGCCUACGUGCGCUGCUCCUCACGCCCCUGCAGUCCAGUCCAUCACGAAAUGCACUCCAAGCUCUCUAGCAGUCCUCCUCGCUCCAGUCCUGCCAGGCUUGGCCCUUCCUACGUACUCAAGAAAGGUAGUGCAAAGAGUGCUUCUGGGAAAAAGAAGAAAGAACUUCGUUAUCGCAGUGUGAUUUCUGACAUCUUUGAUGGCUCCAUUCUCAGCCUGGUGCAGUGCCUCACCUGCGACAGAGUUUCUACAACGGUGGAGACGUUCCAGGACCUGUCACUCCCAAUCCCGGGGAAGGAGGACUUGGCCAAGCUGCACUCUGCCAUCUACCAAAACGUGCCAGCUAAGACAGGGGCAUGUGGGGACAACUAUGCCUCACAAGGCUGGAUUGCUUUCAUCAUGGAGUAUAUCCGGAGACUUGUGGUGUCCUGUAUCCCUAGCUGGUUUUGGGGGCCUGUUGUGACGCUGGAGGAUUGCCUUGCUGCCUUUUUUGCAGCGGAUGAAUUGAAGGGGGACAACAUGUACAGUUGUGAACGGUGUAAAAAACUGCGGAAUGGAGUAAAGUACUGCAAAGUCCUCCGGCUACCAGAGAUUCUUUGCAUCCACUUGAAACGGUUCCGGCAUGAGGUGAUGUAUUCCUUCAAGAUCAACAGUCAUGUCUCCUUCCCCUUGGAAGGGUUGGAUCUGCGACCUUUCCUAGCCAAGGAGUGUGUUUCCCAGAUCACCACCUACGAUCUCCUGUCAGUCAUCUGUCACCACGGCACAGCAGGCAGUGGGCAUUACAUAGCCUACUGCCAGAAUGUGAUCAAUGGCCAGUGGUACGAGUUUGAUGACCAGUACGUCACCGAAGUCCACGAGACCGUGGUACAGAAUGCAGAAGCCUAUGUCUUGUUCUACAGGAAAAGCAGUGAAGAAGCUGUGCGAGAGCGUCAGAAAGUUGUGUCCCUUGCCAGCAUGAAGGAGCACAGUUUACUCCAGUUCUACAUCUCUCGAGAGUGGCUCAAUAAAUUCAACACCUUUGCUGAGCCUGGUCCCAUCACCAAUCACACCUUUCUGUGCUCUCAUGGAGGGAUCCCUCCUAAUAAAUACCAUUACAUCGAUGACCUGGUUGUGAUUCUGCCGCAAAACGUGUGGGAAUAUCUUUACAACAGGUUCGGGGGUGGCCCUGCUGUGAACCACCUGUACGUGUGCUCCAUUUGCCAAGUGGAGAUUGAAGCACUUGCCAAACGCAGGAGAAUUGAAAUCGACACCUUCAUCAAGCUGAACAAGGCUUUCCAGGCAGAGGAGUCUCCAAGUGUCAUCUACUGUAUCAGCAUGCAGUGGUUCCGUGAGUGGGAAGCAUUUGUCAAGGGGAAGGAUAAUGAGCCUCCCGGACCAAUUGACAACAGCAAGAUUGCACUUACAAAAGCAGGUGGCCACGUGCAAGUUAAGCAGGGUGCUGACUACGGGCAGAUUUCCGAGGAGACAUGGAUUUAUUUAAGCACACUGUACGGAGGGGGCCCGGAGAUUGCUAUCAGACAGAAUGUGGCCCAGGUCCAAGAACUGGAAAACCUACACGGGGAGCAGAAGAUUGAAGCGGAGACACGGGCUGUGUGA